GGGGGGGUUCAUAUGGCUGAGGAGAUGUUGUGAAAGUGUUGCGCCUGACCGGAGUGUUCAUCACUGUGCCACAGACUGAUGCCCACAUCUACUUCAGGAGGCAGCAGAAACAGCAGCACAUCCAUUUCUCAGCAGAGUAAGCGUCCUGAUCCCAUGGAUAAACAAUCCACAGUGGUGUUUCGCAAUGUGGGGCAACUGUACUUCCCCCAAUCCAGAGUGGAGUGCCACUACAGCCUGACCUCUGACCAUCAGUGGAGCAGCAGUGACUGGAUUGGCAUUUUUGAGGUGGGCUGGUCUUCAUUGAAACAGUAUUUCACAUACACAUGGGCCCUUGCUCCUGAGGGAUACACCGAGGGAACCGAUGUAAACUGCUGUGCACUUUUCCAAGCAUAUUACCUGCCCCGCCCUGGUGACAUGGAGUUUCAGUUUGUGUACGUGGACAAAUCAGGAGAGGUGUGUGGCUCUAGUCGACCCUUCAACUUCUGUACUCCCAAACCGCUGGAGGAGAUGGAGACUCUGACAGAGGAACGAGGCGAGGAGGAGGACGGAGAGGAGAGAGAGGAGGACCUGCUCCUGGUCAUCCCCAAGGCCGAGCUGCUGCAGAGUCGACUGGAGGAAUGCUUGAAAAAACAGGCAAGUUUACAGCAGGCUCUGGAUGCCACGAAAAAGGAGACGCAUGAGGAGAAAGAGACCAGUAAGACAUUACAGGUGGAGUGGGAGAAUGAAAGAGAAGAAAUGAGGGAGGAGAUCUCAAUGCUGAGAGACGACCUGCGACAGAAUUGUGACAAGUUGAAGAAGAUGGAGGGAAAACACAAGGAUGCAAGGUACAGUCAAGAAAACCUGACGUCUGAACUGAGCAAACUUGUGACGGACAAGUCUGAGACUGAGCAGCGAAUCAGAGACCUGGAGGAAGAGGUCAAAGCUCUGACUGAGAGGGAGAACGAGGCUAACAUGGAAACAGAAAGGCUGAAGGAGAGACUGAAGAAAAUGUCCACUCAAAUGAAGCACAAUGAGGAAAAGAGAAAAACUCUGCAGGUGGACAACGAGGCUGGCCUGGUGGAGGUGCGAGGGCUCCAGGAGCGUCUGGAUGUUGCCGAACAUGUAAACGAGAGCGUGCGCCGGGAGCUGAGGGAGCUGGCCACCCGUCAGGCCCACAGCCACACCGACCUGCACCAAGCCCGGCUGCAGGUGGCCCAGCUCACCCUGCAGCUGUCUGAGGAGAACCUGGUCCUCAGGGAGGAGCGAGCCAACUGGGCCCUGGAGAGAGAGGCCUCCAAACAUGGAGCAGAGGCAGACAAAGAUAAAUUGCAAGAACUGAGUUGUGAGAUGGAGAGGAAGGAGGAAUGGCUCCAGGAGGAGAGGAUGGAAAGGGAGAAACUAGAAAUCAAGCUUGGGAAUGAGAGAGAUUGCAAUCGAGUGCUGCUGGCUGAUGCAGGGCGAGAGCUGCAGACGUUGAGGGCCAGUCUGAGGAGGCUCCACACGGAGAGAGAGGAGGAGCAGCUUGAGAAGCAGGACCUGGUGAGCUACAUCCACCAGUUAGAGCAGAGGUUGGGGAUUGUUCCAGAAAAUAAAUCAAAUGAAAAGAUUCCCACAUCUGUCUCUCCUGUCACUGAGGAGAAGAAAGUUCCAUCCCCAGCUUCCCCCAGAUCAGUGAGUUCACCUAUUUUCCUGCUCACUCACCUGGGACAGUCCCAUAGAGCUGAGAUCUGCGCUGAGACACACAACCAGAGCAAAGACAACACACCGGCCUAUGACACGCAGGGUGUGGAGAUGCUGCACGAGAUUCAGGCAAAUGAACGGAAGCAACUGAUCCUCCCUGAACUCAUCGACCCUGUCCUGAGUGACCUGGCUGACUCCCCCGUGUGGUAACACAGAGAAGCACGCCUGGAUGGCAGGUUGCUUUUUGAGCCCCAUCGUACGAAACUUGAACAUUUUCUGAUCAUUUUAUUGUUGUUUUAUUAUGCUCAUGUAGAAAAUAGGCCUUUACAAAGAUCAGAAUAUAGUUUACAUUGCGAGUGCCUGAAUUUAAAGAAAACAUGGCACAAUGUUUUAUACUCAUGUGCCCAGAAUUUACUUAUUUAAACUUAAUUUUAUUGGUGUGAAAUUUGUUUUUCUUCGUGGUUUAGAGUUAAUGAGUUCGUAACUCCAGUAAAACUUGGAGUCUAAAUUAUUGUUGUGCAACAUUUUUAGAUUGAAAUGUGGAUGUGUGUAUCUGUUGUUGGAAAAUGUCAAAGUGUGUAAUAAUUAGUUAGAAUUAAGGGGAGUACAUCUCAUUUUGGUGGUAUGUUUGGAGAUGUAUCAGCCCCUCACCUCUGCAUGUGCGUGUGAAUCCUGAAAGCAUGUCAAACGUGUGGGUGUGUGUUACAGACGUGUGAAAUGUUGUGUUGCAGCUUGUCGAGCAGAAUGUCAGACGGAGAGAUGUGAGUUUCUUAAAUAAAAUAUUAUCAUGAAUA